CAAAUCAUUAGAACCAACAUAUAAAACUCAUCAACAUAUUAAAAAAAAAUUAAAAAUAGUAGAACAAAAAUUGUGUGAUGAAAGAAGUGAAGUUGCUUGGGCUAUGGUAUAGUCCUUUUUGUCACAGAGUUGAAUGGGCUUUAAAAGUUAAGGGUGUGAAAUUUGAAUUUAUAGAAGAAAACUUACAAAAUAAGAGCCCACUACUUCUUGAAUCAAAUCCAAUUCAUAAGAAAAUUCCAGUGUUAAUUCACAAUGGAAAGUCCAUUUGUGAGUCUAUGGUGAUUGUUGAAUACAUUGAUGAGACAUUUGAAGGUCCUUCCAUCUUGCCUAAAGAACCUUAUGAUCGUGCAAUAGCUCGUUUUUGGGUUAAGUUUUUCGAAGAUAUUGGGUCAGCAGUGGGGACAAGUUUCUUUCACAAAUCAGAGAAGGCUAAAGAGAAAGUUUGUGAGAUGUUGAAAAUACUUGAUAAUGAGUUGAAGGACAAGAAAUUUUUUGUUGGUAAUAAAUUUGGAUUUGCUGAUAUUGCUGCUAAUUUUCUUGCACUCUGGAUGGGAAUUCUUGAAGAAGCAACUGGAAUUAUUUUGGUAACAAAAGAAAAAUAUCCAAAUAUUUAUGCUUGGAGAGAUGAAUACAUUAACGGGAACAAAGAAUAUUUACCUUCGAGAGAUGAGUUGCUUGCUUUUUUCAAAGCUCGCUUUCAAGCUGCUACAACACCUCCUUAUUCGAAUUGAUUUCUUGUAUGAUAAGUUAAUUAGUACUUAUUAUCUAAGAAAGUUAUUUUUCUUUAUUAAAGAAAAUUGACUUUCUGAAAUAAUAACUAGUUAGUUAAGUAUUUGAGAAAUCAAUCCUAUUUAUUCAUCUUUGAAAAUUCAAGAUUUUGUGUGGCAAUAAAAGUUGAGUGAAUUUAGGGAGUGUUUUUUUUA